UACGCGGUUACGAUCUACCUACCUUCAACUUGUGUGUGAAUAAGCAUUGAUCCGAAUGGGGCGUUUGGCUCACCUCUAGACAAUUAUAUUGCCAUUUGAGCAGCGAAGAAGUGACCCAGACAUACAAAUAAGUAUAAAUAUAAUUCUUACGUUCUUCAUACCUCUAAAAGUUACCGGCCACUGCCUCACAUCUCUCGAUCAACACCGACGAGAUCAAUGCUUGCCUAAAAUACUCCAGGUUGUGGCGACAUGUACAAAGCCUGUAAUCAACCACCAAUAUGCGUGUCAACCUACAAAUUGAACCAUCGAUAAUUUUUGUAAUUUAGUUAUAUAUAAAAAGAAGAAGUGAUCCAGGAAGUGUGCCCAAACUAAGAUAUCUACGAUCUCAACCACACGAAUGUAGUACAACAAUGGAAGCCAAUGCGUCACAUAUAAAUCUCUGGAUCUGGAGUCUUGCGCACGUUGGUUGGAAUGGCAGUUUCAAUAUCUUAUUUAUCGGAAACUCCUAAAUGAAUUACAGCUCACAAGCGCUCCAGAUAGCCAGUACCACGGGUGUAAGCAUUUAUAUACCCAAGUAAAUUAAACUCAAAUUGCCGGAAUUUAAAUAAUAUUGCUUAUAUUAUAAUCCGUUGAUUUGGUUACCAAAAAAAAAAAAAAUAAAUAAAUAAAGAUGGAAAACUCUACCGAAAUGGAACUAUUAAGCAGCGCGGAAUACAUGGAUCUUCUACCUCAUCUACCAAUUGAGGAUUUACUUUUAACGGAAUAUAAAACAGACAGCGAGUGGCGCAAAUUAAUACAAUUAAGAGACCCUAGCAAAAAAUUAUACCAUUGCUCUGUGUGCAAUGUUGUACAGUCUGGAGAAAAAAAUUUAUUUGCGCAUAUAGAGGGGAGAAAGCAUAAGAUGAAAAUUGGUACGACAGUUCAGCUUUAUCAACCAAAAUACACUUACAGUAAAGAGAGUAUCGAAUCAACAAUUAGUUUAAACGAAAAUGAUGACUUAGAGAAUUCGUUAGAACCUUCAAAUACUAAUGAGUCUAUUAGCAAUGGAAACGACAAAGAGGAAACGACGGCAGCGAACACAUCGGAAGAUGUGACGAGUUCUGCAGAUGCAAUGCCGAAAGAAACCAUAUUGGAAGGAAAUGAUGAUAUGCCAGCCGUUAUUUUGAUUGACGAUGAUAACGGCAGCAAAAAUAGUCUUUCAAAUGAUGAUAACGCAGUGGACAAUUACGAACCGACAUCAAAAAAACGUAAAAUGGUAUUAAAUCCCGCGGCUGUAACCACCAAAAUAGACGAUAUAGCUACAACAAAAUCAAAUGCACCAAAAUACCAAUCAAAUAUAACAAUUUUGCCUACAAAAAUUAAGCAUAAAGAAAGUGCUUUUCGUUCAGAAAAUAAUAGUAAUGCACAUUUUUCUACAAAAAUCUUCAGUUGUAAUCCGCGUGACGAUACCGUUAUGGGCUUGGUUGGCGUAGAAUAUGUCGUUAAAAUUUUGAGAAAUUCUAACGAUAGUCAACCGAAGUACGAAUGUGGUCUUUGCGAAUUUACUAGCGAUGGUUUGAAUAUGCAAAAUCAUCUAGUCAGUUAUAGCCAUCGGCUUAAAUUCUGUGAAAAACAUUUCCCCACAGCCAUACGUCAAUAUCAACAAUAUAUACACAAUAUUCCCAGUAAUGAAUCCUACAAAGUUAUGACGCCUAUUUUAAAUAAAUUGGCAAUUGCAAUUGAACAACAUCAUGGCCGCGAGUUGCCUUAUGAAUGUCAUGAAAAUGAAUUUAACAUAAACCGGCAUGAGAUCUUGUCAAAGGUAUAUUCAUGUCGACAUGCUUCGGAGCAGCACGGUCCGACUUUUACGCAUAUAAUUGACUCAAAAGAGGUGGAUAAACUUGCCGCGGAACUCGACAAAUACCAACCGCCAAGAAAUUCUUUUGAAAACAUUUCUUUCGAUCCGCGCGCACGUGCAAGUUAUAAGGCUCCCGCUAAUGAUCGCAGGAAUGUUUAUAACCCUCAUAAUUUCAGUCGGCAGCACGAUAAUUCACAAAGAAAUUACAAUAGAUAUAGGCGCUCUAAAAAUGACAUUAUCGGUAAUGAGACUCAUAAACUCAUAGCGGAUGACUAUUUGAAAGAUACAUGUAAAAACCGGUCAUCUCAAUAUUUUAAUAAUUUUUCGCUAGAUCAGCCAAAUUUAGAAACUAUUCCAUUGGUUCGGCAUAAAUCACCCUCCACAUUAAAUGAAAAUAGCGUGUGGAAAACCUAUCGUCACUUAGUUGACCAGAAGGUUAUGGGUUUAAACGAGUUAUUUCAAAUCUAUAAAACUGACCCGGAAACACAUCCGGAAUACAAUCAAGAAUGGCAAAUGUUUUGGAAGCGACGUAAAAACGAAUUAAUCGAGAUGGGCAUAGAUCACCGCACAUUCAACUACCAGCCAGAAUGGGUACAAUUUUUUAGCAAACGUCUGGAGGAAUUGUAUCAUCAAGCAGUUGAGAAUAUUAAAAUUGAAUUACGCAGAAGACUGUGUUUGCCUAUGACAAAUGAGAACUUUGAAAUUGAAAAAUAUUUUAGUCAUUCCGAAGAUAAUUUCGGGGAAAAAAGAGUCACUAAUGUUAUGGCUGAAAACUGUCCAAAAGAUGGAAAUAAAAGGAUAGUUUCAGUAAUACGUCUUUUAGCAGCUCUAGAAGAAUACUUGGGCAGUCUUGGACCGAAAGUUGUGCAACUUUUAUCUCAGACCCUUCAAAUCGAAAAAAAUUGUCCAACUAGCUUGAGUUCUAUAGUACUUAAUGAAGAAAACUACAGUCUCUUAGAAACCGUAAAGGAGAAGUUCAAAGGACUUAUUAUAGCUGGUAUUUUAGAUGAUUUCAAGCAACGUAUAAUCAGGAAAGCUAUAGACGAAGUAGAUUAUUUAUUAUCAAAUAAGAAAAUGGAUAAUGAAACACAUACUGCGAAUUUCCUAGAAAAAACCCUAGAAAAGAGCUUAAAUCCCGGCAACAAGAAACACUUGCUUACAAAUAUACUUACACUAGUGGAUAAAAAAGAGUUGGCAUUAAAGUUAGCUGAUCUUCUUUCGGCUCAAGGAAAAACCGAUGUAGAUCCUGUACAAUUACAAAAAAUAAUAUCAGUUUAUAUGCUAAUCGAAGAGAAGAAGCAACAGGCUUCAAUCACAUCAAACCACGAAUCCAACCAAUUCAGAUUCGGGACCAGCAAUUCUGAAUCUGGACAGACGAGGAAUGAUGGAAAUCUUCUCGAAUAUACGAGUUAUGCUCAAAAUUGCGCAAGUUCCCAACCGGCGACACAUCAGAAUAAUGAAUUCUUUGGUAAUACAUCAUUCUGCAACAGUAAUACGUCUUAUGGGAACGGACUCGACAAAUUUUCAAAUAAUUAUCGAGAAAACAAUGGCACUGGAUCCAGUUCCCAACUGCCACCACAUAUAAGGCAGAAUGCUACACUAAACAAACCGGCCAAUUGGACUACUACAAGUUUUUUACAUUCACCGCAAUACAAAAUGCCGUAUCAAGUUAACCGUAAAAAUAAUUCCUAUGGAAUUAACUCAAAUUGGAAAAAGUUUUAAAAAGAAAGUAUAAUAAAUAUCCCUGCAAAUGUAAAUUACUUAGUGUACAGUUAGGGUUAAGUACUAUUUGAGCAUAUAUUCUCAUGUGAAUAACAUAUGCUACAGUUUUUGCUUUAAAUAUUGAAUAUAAAUAUA